AUGCCCAAAUAUCAAAGUCUGUCCAAUAAUAAGGGGCGCAAGAUCCUAAUAGGGACUGCACUUGUUACAUUUGCUAUAAUAAUUAUCACAUUUUUCUCCGGAUCCCUCACACCAACAAAAGAUUUACAAGGGGUAAUUUCAAGCUUACCGAAUGAUAAACUCCUUGGUUUAUCCAAUUUUUUAUCAUCAGAAAAUAGCAAGAAUCAAGAUGAAUUAUUGAACAAAAUUGAAAAGUUGAACAAGAAACUAUUUCAAGCUCAAGAUGCUAAGAUCAACAAAUUGGAAGAACAAAACAAGUUGAUUCUCCAAGAACUAAAAUUAUUAAAAAGUCCACCAACACUGGCAUCGAUUAGGGAUAAAUUAACUUACCUCUAUCCAUAUGACUCCGAGAGUAAAUUUCCAGCUUACAUAUGGCAAUCGUGGAAACAUGGCUUAAAUGAUGAAAGAUUUGAUGAGAAAUUUCGUCAAGGUGAAUCGCAAUGGGCAUUCAAGAACCCUGGAUUUGUUCAUGAAUUAUUCAAUGAUGACACUGCUCAUACCGUUAUCAAAUAUCUCUACCAACAAGUCCCUGAAGUGAUUGAAGCGUAUGAAUUGUUACCGGAAACUAUAAUGAAGAUGGAUUUCUUCAAAUAUUUAAUACUUUACGCAAAAGGUGGUGUUUACGCCGAUAUAGAUACUUACCCCUUGCAACCAAUACCUAAUUGGACACCAGAAAAUGUCAGUCCCUUAGAUAUUGGCAUGAUCAUUGCCAUUGAAUCCGAUUCAUCAUCUCCAGAUUGGAGAAAGGAACAAAUUCGUCGAUUACAAUUCGCACAAUUUGUUAUUCAAGCCAAACCAGGUCAUCCAAUCUUACGUGAAGCCAUUGCUCAAAUUGUUGAGCAAACAAGUGUAAAAAAAUUGGAAAGCUUGGCAUCUUCAGGUGGUGGUCCAUUAAAAUUAAUUGGAAACACUAAUGAAAAAUCAUUAAAGAUUAGUCAGUGGACCGGUUCUGCCAUUUGGACCGAUGUGGUUUUUAAAUAUUUUAAUGACUACAUUCAAUCAUCGGUAUUCCAAAAGGUCACGUGGAAAGAAUUCCAUAAGUUGCAAACUCCUAAAUUGGUUAGUGACAUUUUAGUAUUGCCAGUGAAAUCAUUCGCUAGUGAUGUCGAAGAACCAAAGGAUGGUAAAAUUGAAGACCCCUUAGCAUUUGUUAAGCAUUAUGCCGCAAAGAUUUGGAAAAGUGGUUAG